UAGUAAUCAAAACCAUUGUUAUCCUUUUGCCUGGCGAUCGACAUGGCUAGUCUGAGGCUUCUCUCAGUUUUCCUUUGUCAAUUGUUAGUUUUGCUCUUCCUCUUUGACCCCAGCAGUGCUCAGGGUCUGAAAGUAGGGUUCUACAAGGAUACAUGCCCACGGGCGGAGGAAAUAGUGAGAAGGACAACUGCUCAAUACGUCACGCAUUUGCCCUCCCUUGCCGCUCCUUUACUGAGGUUGCAUUUUCACGACUGUUUCGUCAGGGGAUGUGAUGGUUCGGUGCUGUUGAAUGCCACUUCUGCCAACCCUAAUCCUGAGAAAACCGCAAUCCCUAACCAAAGCCUUGACGGGUUCUUUGUAGUCGAUGUUGCCAAGUCUAGAUUGGAGAAAGAGUGUCCUGGAGUGGUCUCCUGUGCAGACAUACUUGCCUUGGUAGCUAGGGAUGCUGUCAAACUUGUUAAUGGACCCUUCUGGGAUGUUCCCACUGGGCGUAGAGAUGGAACAGUGUCGUUGGCCUUGGAGUCCUUGGCAAAUCUACCUCCUCCUUUCUUCAACAUCACCUCCCUCAAGCUAAGCUUCCUGUCAAAGGGUCUAAGCGUGAAAGACCUAGUCGUCCUCUCCGGUGGGCACACAAUUGGGCAAUCUCACUGCCCCUCCUUCACCAACCGCUUAUACAAUUUCACCGGAAAAGGAGACUCUGACCCCUCGUUGGAUUCCAACUACGUUCCAAGGUUGAAGAGUGCAUGUCAGCCAGGAGAUACCACCACCCAGGUUGAGAUGGAUCCCGGCAGCUACAGAACAUUCGACGCAAGCUACUACAAGCUCGUCGCUAAAAGAAGAGGACUCUUCCAGUCCGACUCUGCUCUUCUCAACGAUGCUGAAACCAAGGCUUACGUGUUUGAGGCUGCCGGCAGUGGCUCUACCUUCUUCAAAGAUUUUGGGGUGUCCAUGGUUAACAUGGGCAACAUUGGAGUCCUUACAGGCACUGCAGGUGAAAUCAGGAAGCACUGCGCAUUCGUUAACUGAUGUCCAACGUUAACGGCUACUCUCUGCAACCUGUUGGAUUUAUUGUUAUCGAAAAUUAUAUCGAUUUGUUCAGUGCUUGUCUAGGUUUUCAAACUGGAGAUUAUUACGAUAAUAAUGAAAUCUCGCUAGAUUGCCAUGUUCACUAAUCGCUGGUGACAUUUGAAUUCUA